UGUAUCUGUUGUCCCGGUUAGAACACUUGUCAACAUCGAAAACAAAUCGAAAUGGUGAUCUGUGUUUAUUGUCAAGAGGCUCCUGUCACAUUUCCGUCCUAAUUCACUCGCGAUUAUGUCGAUCAGACCGUUAUGGCCCGAUUUACGUCCGCGAGCGACCGAUCCAUUAUGGUUCAACGCCGAUCGGCCGUGUGACGACGAGAAUGAAGUCACCACUCUUGAAAACGAACAUGCGGCAUGGAAAGAAAAAAUUCUCUCGACGCGUUCCGAUCACGUUCCAAUCGGAAAAUUAGUGAGUGAUUACAGAGGUUCGGAAGGCGAGGAAGAGGAGGAGGAGGAAGAGGAAGGCGAAGCCGAAGAGGAAGACGAAUCGGACACCCACGAGGAAGAGGAGGAGGAGCUCGAUGAGAUCGAUAUGGAAGUUAGUUAUUCCCAUCAUCCGCAGAGAUCCAGCCCGACGGACACGGUGACCGCUCCCGUGUCCAUCAGGAUGGUCAACGCAACGAACUUGACCUCCCGUUAUCAUUCCUAAUUUCCACGUGUUCAUUCGGAAGUGUCUGAUUGUGAGUUUUACAUACUUGUACAGCAUUAUCAUUGUGAUUAUUUUAGAAUUCUAUUGUAAAUUAUUCAUAAGCUUAUUAGAGUCAUGUCAAUCGGCGGUAUUAGUAUGUGAAAAAUAAAAAUCUAUCCUUUUCCAUUUCUAA